AUGGAAAACUCAAACCUCGACGAGUUCUACACAGCUGAAGGCACCUCAGAAGAAGAGUGGAAGCGCGUGUACGACCUGAGAUACUGCACUAUUCUUGUCCCUUUUGAAGACAACCACUCUAACGGACAGCCAGAAGUGAAACACGAUAGUCUUACCGCACAGACUGAACAGGAGGUAAAGAGGGAACAAGAGGAGCAACAAGACACGGAGGAACAAGUGUCAGUCAAGAUGUCUUCUAUUGUGACAAAAACGACGACUAUAACGACACAAACGACGAUCACUUCGGAACAUGUCCACCUGGCCACUCCAAGAGCUACGCCAGCAAGACCAGGGCCAGUCGCAGCACAGAGCCCCAGUUCGACUUCCACACCACAGGCUAGGAAGCAAGACCAGGAUGGUGACAGUGAUGACAGUGAUGAUCAAAACGACAGCAUGAUGACGGAAGAUCACUGUAGUUUGACGGAAGGAGAUCCAUUGUCAAGAUAUCUUACUGCGGAAACUCACCUUGGCUCGACGUCGUUCGGUUCAAGCCACAAAAAUGUCGACAUGGAUAUGUCUAGAUGGGAUGAUGAUGAUGAGACGGAGGACUUUCAUGAUGCGACGUCGGGUAUUGAGUCGAACGAGAACGAUGAGACGAUAAACAGUCUCCAGAUCAGUCAGCACGAUUCAUCACAUCAGUACAAUAGCGUCGACGACAGCGCUGAUUACUCCUCAGCACACUCUGGGAACAAGCGACCACGACACUGGGAACUCUCUCCUUCCCACCGACUCUUGCACACCGUGGGUCCUCACCCGUCAAAGCGUAUUACCCUCUCAGCUUCGUCAUCAGGAUCAUACGGAGCUGACGGUAUCACUUCCCACGGUUUGCUCAGACCACGAUCUUUCUCUCCAAGUCUCUCGCCAUCGCCUUCGAUUUGGGUCACACCACCUAUGGAUCUUAGCGCAGAAUAUUCAGAGAGAGCCGGCUCUGGCGCUCCAGAUGCGCCUGCACAUCAUCCCUGGAUUGCGACUGUACCCACUUUCUGGAAGAAACAGGACUGGAAGGUGCUGGAAGACGUCUACGAUGAACUUAGUGGAGAAAACAUGGCGGAAUCAGAACUCGGACAGGUAGUCGAUCGGUUCCUUGCUAACCAGGAAAGCUUUGCAGAGGGGAAAUCCGAGUGGUCAAGGGAGUUUGUUCUCUUGCGAUGUGUUGCAUUGCAUCGAGUACGAGUCCAGGAAACACCAGAUGCAACCAGCCAAGAGCUGUAUUCUCCAACAAUGUCUUCGAGAACUCGUUCGUGGCGUGGAUCUUCUCCUAGUUUCGAGAGCCGUAUUGGUGCUGCGAGACGCUCGGUGUCGCCCUACCCGGUCGGAUUGACGCGUAGAACCGGAUCUACUCCUGCUUGGUCCUCAGAGUCAGCCUCGCCAAAGUCCAUUGCUGACUUUGUGGACGAGAGACGAGCAGAUCGAGCUCGUCAGCAGCAGCGGACGGCUGAUCAAGGAUAUAUCAAGUCGGUCUUCAAACAUCGAUUCGCAGCAGGGCUCAAGACAGUCGGCGAAUUGCUUCCGUUCUGGAAGGAUGUUGAAAAAGGACACACAGAUGUCAAGGAGGAGGUUGUGGUGCCCCUGGUACCAAGCGGUAGAGCACAUUCCGUGAUUGCAGCGUUUGAGAGCCAGGCUGCGCAGGCGCAAGAACGGCAGAACAGUCUCCCAGCGCGAUCACGAUCUGGAUCGGUGAUGUCGAUAACCGGUGGUUGGAACUACGAGUCGAUGGGUAGAUCAUUGUCUCCUGCCCCCUCGAGUGUUGCUGAUUUGAUCAGCCGAGGCCAUGCCGCACGCGUUGCUUCCGCCUCUGCGUCUGUCACUGCCGCCAAUGGUUCCCUCACUCAGACAUCCGACUGA